AGACACGCGCAAUGAUAGCCGGAAGGACCGAUGGGAGGAAAAUAAAAAUCGAUGAAAUCCAGUGUAUUUUGCGAGUCUAAACCUCUCACCUACUGUCCUUUACCGCGACCGUAGACUCGAAUUUAUCCGCCUUGUUCACUGCCACUGUGCCGGAGGGGACGGCAGGGCGCAGGAGAGCCGAUACAUUUGAAGCAAGUUGCUCGGUAGGGGUUUAGCUGACGUGUGGAGAAGUUGAGACUGCCAGAGAGCAGAUAAACAAACACAAACAAGCGGCGAUCAGCUGAGUGCCUGCUGCCCGAACCGAGCCAGCAGCACGGACAGAGAUGUCAGGAAGGUCUCCACUCUUUUGCCCGAUAAUGAUCCACAGGACACCGUGACUUACAAUCAUACCACCUCCAUGUCAACUGUCAACACUGGCAACACAAAGAAUUUUCGGAAACACAACACGAGGACCAGCCAUAGGCUUUAGCAGAAAAUCCACUGCUAUCCCUAUCUCUUUGUCAAGACAUAACCAGGACAACCAAUGAGUUAACCGUCGAGUUUACAGCUUUAACUAAACGAGUUCACAUUACAGUGCAAGGAGACGGAGCAGUGGGAUUAACAUGGCCCACCAGGCUACCCCUAGUUCCCAGAAGGCCCUGAUGAUGGAGCUGAAGUCUCUGCAGGAGCAGCCGGUGGAGGGCUUCCGCAUCACUCUGGUGGAGGAGUCUGACCUCUACAACUGGGAAGUGGCUAUCUUCGGGCCCCCCAACACCCUGUAUGAAGGAGGAUACUUUAAGGCUCACAUCAAGUUCCCCGUGGACUACCCGUACUCUCCACCGACCUUUCGCUUCCUCACAAAGAUGUGGCACCCCAACAUCUACGAGAACGGAGAUGUGUGCAUCUCCAUCCUGCACCCUCCUGUGGAUGACCCUCAGAGUGGGGAGCUGCCCUCUGAAAGGUGGAACCCGACCCAGAACGUCAGGACGAUCCUGCUCAGUGUGAUCUCUCUGCUCAACGAGCCCAACACCUUUUCCCCAGCUAACGUGGAUGCGUCUGUCAUGUUCCGCAAAUGGAGGGACAGCAAAGGCAAGGACAAAGAGUAUGCAGAGAUAAUCAGGAAGCAGGUGAUGUCAACGACGGCAGAGGCUGAGCGUGACGGUGUCAAGGUGCCGACCACGUUGGCGGAGUACUGCGUCCAGACCAGGGUCCCCUCCCAGGACAGCAGCUCAGACCUGCUCUACGACGACCUUUACGACGACGACAUGGAGGAGGAGGACGAGGACGAAGACGAGAGCGACAUGGAGUCCGUAGGUGAAGCCGGGGGGAUGAGCCCCACAGAGGACGGCGGGACGUCCACCAGACGUUACGACAACCAGGACGACUCCGGCAACGAGGACUCAUGAUGAUCUGGAUGAUGACUCCUCCUUGCCAACUCCCCCAUCCCAAAGCCCUCCUUUUUGUGUGUGUUUCGUCUGGUGUGUGUAUGUGUGUGUGUGUUUGCACAUACAGUGGGGUCAAAGGUAAACUGCCAAAAACGUUUCAUCAUUUAUUAAAAUAAUACAAAUGGUCAAAUAGUAGUGCUAUUACUUUUUCAAAAAAGUUUUGGUACCGUUUUCAAUGAACGUCAGAGUUUGGUGUUUCCACCGUUUGCCUUAAUUACAGCUUGCACUCUGUCUGCCAUCAGAUGUUUCGCAGAGAUUGAGAAUUUAAAUUAUUCCAGCACUGUUUGAGAGCACCCCCUUCCCCCCCAAGUGUUUUUGAGUUAACAUUAUCGUUCACCUUUUUAUAAUCGCAGAAAUUAUAGCAUGCCACUGCACAAUAGAGCGGUAUUACUGCUCGAUUUAUCAUAUUAUAAGUUACUGACUCUAGAUGAGGCAAAACAGCCCAAAAACGAAAUAUAUCCAUCUUUGUUUUUAACUCUAGUUAUUGCCCUGUUUUAAAACUCUUGUUUUUUUUCAUUCGCAUGGUUGAAUUUCGUCAGUCAUUAAAAUUGUCGGUACUGGUAUAACAUUUGACUUGCUUUUGUUUUGGUUACUGCGCCAGUUUGUCUAUCUUUUAACUGUAGUUGGGUUGGUCUUGCUUCUUGGAUGCAGAUGCAUAAAGAUGUAGGCUUUAAACAAUAGUGCCAUCUCUACUUCAAUUUCGUUUUUUAAUUUACAAAAAUAAAUUCUUGUUUUUGGAAUCUUUCCAGGUCUUUUAAUCACUUCUUCUUUUAUGAUUCGGCAUUUUCAGUAGUAACGGUUUAUUACUUAUGAAAGCUGAAGUGCAAAACUUCUAGCAGUUAGAGUAAUUACCACAUGGGAGAGGCCAUAGCAGUUAGGUGUAUGGUGGAAAGUCCUAGUUUUUCAUUACGUAUAAGAAUUUCCCAAAGAUAAAAAUCACAUGUUAGCUCUAAAUAACCUCCCGCAAAUCAACAAAAUUGUCUUGAUAAAUGAUGAAAACAAGCUGUCCAUGUGGUGGUCUCCUGAACCCCUGUAGCUGGCCAGCUCUUCGUCUGGUUAGUCAGAUUGUCUGGUUUUGUGUAAUAUAGAUUGUCUCCAUCCACCCGUGUCUUUAGUUGUAUUUUAUUGUUUCUCUUUUGGUUGGUUGAGAGUCUGUCGUUCCAGACUUGUCCCUUGAAUUAUCGGUGGGCUUAGACUGAUGGACUCUUUGCUGUUUGGCUCAUUAACCAGUCGAUGAGCUGGUCAGUUCGUCCUGUCAAUGUCCAUCAUUGUGGCAGAAUAUCUCUGUCCCUCUCCCGCCUGUCUGUUCAACUAAUGCAAUCAACAUAGUCCCCGUCCUCUUGAACCCCCUUCAGUAGUGUUCAUCACGACUGCUCCCUUUUGAUCCCUCAAAGCAGCGUCUUUCAGUUAGGGGUUGUCGUCUCCUAUACCUUUCUCUGCCUCUUAAACCUCAGGGCCUCAAUAGACUUUCACUGAGAGAGAAAAAAGAGAAACUCUUACAUUACAAUUGCUCCUCACCUCCACCUCAUCUUCUUACUUUCUGCAUCACUGGGUGGUUGCCGAGGGCAGAGAGUGAAGUGAAAGUCUCUAAACCCACAGCCAGCGUGUUAACACAUGACUGGGUGCUGCUGUUGGUCCUGAUUUGGCUCCUUUUUUUGUUUGCUUCUUUGUAUGCAAAUGUCAUAUUUAGAACACCUGAAGCGACAUUUCCUGUCAGAUAAUGCUCACACUAUCUUUCCAUAGAUGUGAAAAUGUUACUUUUUUUUCUCCGUUACUCAGACUAAGCUUAAGUGCGGCUGUCCGUUUAACGACAGGGAUGGAAUCAACAUGCAGCUUAGCUAUCCAUUUGCAUUUGAAUGAUUAUAACACUGAUUGCCUGUUGUGUGUUUCUGUGUGUGCGCGUGUAUAUUUACAUUUACUAUUCAUCUAUCGACAACAAUGUCAGGGUUUUCUUGUUCCGGUCCCUGGAACAAGUGCAGACUUGUGUCAAACCAGUGAGUUUGUCCAAAUGACCUUUUAGACUUUGUCCAGUGGAGAAACCAUUGUGUGUUUGCACAGUGUUCUAGUGCCGUGUUGGUGAGGCCUGAACUGGCUGAGGAUUCAACCGAAUGAAAAAAGAAAACGCCCUCUGAGUAUUAAACUUUUGGAUACACUGAACAGCAUAAUGUGAUUAUAGUACUCGCGUGGCAUCGAGUAAACCACACACAUUUUGAGUUGUGUUCUUAUGGCUGUGGGUAUUACAUCUGUUGCCCUUUUCACAGAGCAGAGCACUGUGCAAACCUUUGACUCAAACAGAUGGAUUUUAUGCCAAGGAAACCAAGUGCAGCCCCACAAAGGUUCAUUUUAAAGACUACGGAGCAAUGGAUGCAUGUGGUGUAUUUAACGCUGUGUGAAUUUACUCUACCUUUUGGAUUUUAAUGUGAAGCCAAAGGAGUGAAACAUUUCCUCCCGGCCUUGCGCUUCGGAGGGCUCACAGAGACUGGAUUCUGUUGAGGACAGAGAGGAAAACCUACUCCUGAACCGGAUCUUUAAUGGAUUUGAUAUCAAGGCACAACAGGAAAGGGAUUAAGGCCAGAGAUGUUGAACUUUUCUUGAUGUGGUCCACAUUUUUUUGCCCAUCCCUCGUCAUACAGAGAAGAAGUAGAAAAAGUGAUGACAUGUACUGAAUUCAUGUGUAUCUGCUAAUGUACUAGUUUGACAUUUUAGGAAGUAUGCUGAUUUUUGGUGGCUAAGAAUAUCUAUACCACUUUCUCCGCUGAAAAGAGGGGGAAAAAGUUAGCUUGGCUUUGUCUUGCUAUUUAACCUAAGCCCCUAUUAAACAGCAAAUUGUCCCUUUUUAUUUUUAUGAAUUGUGUACAGAUUCAACAAACAACUGUUGCGUCUUAUUGAGUAAGCUUUGUUGAAGCUGAUAUGAGGCUGACUUUGGUAUCAUAGAACAGCGCCAGGCUAGCUUUAUGCUAAACUUAGCUAACAGGUUGCUGGCUGUAGCAUUGUUUAAACAGAGAAACAUGCUAAUUAUAUUGUCAUCACACUCCUUAACAGAAAGCUAAAAAGUGUAUUUCCCAAAAUAUCACUCCUUUUUUUCACCGCACCUAUUUUCACCUUUUCUAUAUGAAGCCAAGGCCAUAAGCUGGUUAGCUUCGCUUUGCACCAAAAAUCACAUGUUUGAGCUCUAAAUAAAGGGAAACUGAAAAAGAUUAAAAAAAACUAAUUGUGAAAAAGAGAAGGCCGUUUUCUUGGCCUGGAGACAUGACUUCCUGUAGUUUACCUGUGGACAGAGCCAGGCUGUAUGUUUCCGUCUUUUUCCAGUCUUUGUGCUAAGCUAAGCUAAAUGGCUGCUGGCAUUAGCUUCACAUUUAUCAGACAGAUGCGAUAUUGGUAUCUGUCUUCUCAACCAACUCCAGGCAAGAAAACAAAUAAGGGUGUUUCCAAUAAUGUUAUCCUCUUAAUUUAACGGUUGUGUCCUAUCACAAAUGUAGAAAUCAGAAUCGGCGUUAUUGUUUGUGUUUAGGCUUAGUGUUGCCCUUAUGAUAGCAAUUCAAUGAUCAGUUUAGAGCUUUUCAAUCUUAAAUGCUCCUUCUUUUUUUUUAGUCAAGUGUAUGCCUUGUUUUAUAAUGAGGACAGGAAAAGAAGAGCUCAGGGGGCCUUUUGAGGGAAAAGAGCAAAAAAAACAAUUAUCUCAGAGGGAUUUUAAUUUUCUUAACUCAACCUAAGAAGUGACACACUAAAAAGGACUGUGGUCUCUAAGGUGUUGAGAGGAUCUUCCCUACAAACAGUUCCAUACAAAGGCCUGAAUGAAAUCAUUUGGUUCAUUUAAUCUGGUUGUGUGUAAGCAUGUGUGUGCACAAGUGUCAUUUUUACAGUAUGGGCCUUCACAUGGUCACACACAUGGACUGACCUGUGUGUGUCCACAAUGCGUCCUCACCUUUUGAUGUUAAUGCUGUCCUUGUUGGGUUUUUCUUUGUUUUUUAUGUAUUUUUUCCUUAUCAUUUUGUGUUUGAUAGGAUGCAAAUGUCACUCAUAAAGUUUCUAUUGUAAAAAUAAAUAAAUGAUAUUGUUGGGUUUAAUUUGCAUUGUAGCUCUGAUCACUGUCGCUUAGUGAAAGUCACGGAAAAAGGACGAAGCACAGCAAGUUGGUUUUUGGAUAGGAAAUAUUGUAGUGAGUGAUAUGCAAAUGAGGGGCAUACAGUUAAUGUGGUUACGUUGGAAACUCCUUCAAAAAUAAAACGGUAUGUCAUUGA